GUAAAUGGACUUUUGUAAGCGCUACGCGUUUGGUAAUGAGGAAACACACUACGCAUCAGUAAUAUAAAACGCAGUUGGGUUACUCCACGUUCGCGUAAACCGAUCAGCAUAAUGUACUACACAGUUUACGUCUACAAAGAAAAGCAAAGACACCUGAAUAUUGCAGUUUUAUUUGCAAACACUGUACACACGAACAAACACGACGUCUUAAAAUGGGUUUUUAUGAUUACAGCCCAUUCUCGAAAAGUCACGGAAUAAGUCUAUCUUUCCUCUGCACGAGUCUAGGUGCCAGCCGGAAACCAGACAAAACCACAGUAUUUCGGAUUCGACAUCAAUACUGUUAAUAGUGAAUGUUUAUCCCAGAAGAUAAAUUCUAAAUGCUGCCUUCGGACAUGACCCCUGGGCAACCCCACCAGAUGCACUAUCCACUAAUUCAACAGAAUCCAAGUGCGUCGGCAUCAUUGCAAUUCGGUCAACUGAAUGCACUUUCAAACCUGGCAUCAACCGGAUCGGCAACGACAGCGAAUAUGCAGGCUUUUCACUUAAGACCAGCGCAACCUGUCACGAGCAUGUUCUCAAGCCCAAUAUUGACCGGAUUCAAAAGGUUGUUGGCCGAAAUGAAAAUGCGACAGUUCGAUUCAAUACGGUUCGCAGCCUAUCGUACAGCCAGCAAACUCCGUUACAUCCAACAACGGACGUUAUUUUGUUUCGUAGACGUGUGCAGAGUGGUAGAGAUAUUUCGAGAAUUCGGACUCCACCAUGUGACUGAUCCGGCUGCCACAUUGGAUUACGCCAGUACAGCCUGUUUGUUGAAUCGCCUGUACACGCAACUCUCCUCGGCAAAACCAACAAAUGUUGCAACGACCGCACUGAAAAUCUGUGCUGAAACAUUGGAACCCGGUGUGAUAAAUUCAGCGAACGAGAUUUUAUUCAGCUGGCUCGUCUACGCACUAGACGUCGCCGCCACAGGAAGAAUCGGAGUUAAUAGCCUGAAAAUUGCAUUGUCAACCUUAACAAACUCAAAGCCUACGGAUAAACUUAGAUAUCAUUUCACACUGCUGUCCGACCCAUCUGGGGCGUUGAUUCCAAUGAAAUUUGAAGCGUACCUGCAGGAUUUACUCAGGUUGCCCAUUAGCAUAUUUGAAGGUACCAACUUCUACUUCACACCUCAAGCUUCAAAGGCCUUGCUGAGUGGGCGAUCCAAAAACAUCCUGCUUGAAGAGUUUCUCGAACGUAUGUCUGCGGACCCUGGUUCACAGAUGCUGGUCUGGUUGACAAUUUUUCAUCGAUUGGCAUCCGUGGAAAACAUUCGUCAUAAUGUGCGAUGCGAAGGAUGUAAGCGAGAACCAAUCAGCGGCCUGCGAUACAAAUGCACCAGGUGUCAGCAUUACAAUAUGUGCCAAGACUGUUUCUGGACUGGAGUGACGACCAGCAACCACACAAACGCACACGAUGUCAAGGAGUAUUGUUCCUCAUCUAAGUCGCAUUCCAGACAGUUUGGGCACUCUUUACGAAAGUCGUUUCAAUUGAGUAGACUUUCAAGCAGCACGAGUACUGCACCAAGCAAUUCGGAUGCGAGGGUCACUCAGUCCAACAUCGACACGCGCACCUCCGGCCAACUUCCCAAGAGGGCUAUGCUGGGAUCAAUAUUUGAGUGGAAUUCUGCUCCAGAUAACGUGGAUCAAAACGGAGCAGUUAGAAAUGGUUCCACGUCUUCGCAACCGUUUUUAGCCCCAUCUUUCACAAUGGGACAGAGCCUCGGGCAAAGGCAAGUCCUAUACCGGUCCUCCAUGCCUGUGGCAUCCGUCCGAAGUCCUUUACCUCAUCGGAGACUACAGCAGUUGAAUCCUGCUUUGUUUUCUGCUCCAAACAAUCAAAAUAUACCGCCACUGGUACAAAUGAAUCCAGGAACUGUACCCCAUUCUGGUACAUUGACAACUUCGGGUGCUCCAAGGACGUUUAUGUCUUCUUUUCAAAGGGAUUCCCAACUGCCUGGACAAUCUGCACCGGGAAACAAUAUCCUAGGUACAAGGUUGCAUAGCACAGCUCCUAUGUCGGUGCAAGAAGCACAAAACAAUCUUCAAUUUACAAUCAAUCCUUCGAUUUGCCCACCUCCAGGUGCCCCGAUCACCUUUGGGAGUGGACAAAAUGUCGAACUGACCUUUAACUCUUCCGCCAUGAGCGCACCUGGGUUUGCCACAUGUGAAUACGACCAUACGCAUGCACAAUUAUCGGAUCCGAGUAGCCAAAGGAUCAUGACACACCAGGCGUCUACCCCUGUGGUGUCAUCUCUUCAUGCCGUUCAACCAGAGAUGCUCAUCAAUUAUGGAAAAUUCAGCCGAAAUGUGGAUUCGCAAUGUCGCGAGGAGCAUCAACUUAUUGCCAAAUACAGCGCUCAACUGGCUGCUGCCAAUGCAUUCAGUACCCAGUUUGAGAAAAUGGGGAACGUCGCCGAUUCGCCACAAACACAAAAGCAGCUAAUAGCUGAGUUACAAUCGAAAAACAUAAAGAUUUUAAAGGAAAUCGAGCGUCUACGCGAAGAGCAACAGAAGCAAGCUGCUGUCAUCGCCGCGGCCGCAGUAUCAAAACCGGAUUUGCUACUAGAUGGCGACGGUAAUGUCGGGGGCACCAUAAGUCCAGUUACCUUUGCACAGUUGAACAAAACUGAUCAGGCUGAUUCACAGGACAAAAGUGAGAAACCAAAGCUCAUUUCCGAGCUAAACGUGUUGCGCCAAAGGAAGGAUGAACUCGAAGCACGUAUGAACAAUCUACAACGCAACCGUACGGAAUUGAUGCUCCAGCUUGAGACACUAGUACGUCUUCUUUCACUGAGUGGGGCCACGGUACAGCAAAGAGAUGCGUGCGGAGUUUACCAGACUGAUCCAAUCUCCCGAGAUGUCCAUCCGGCCAGCCAGUUUCCUAGCACACCUAUAGGCACCGCACGAUUUGGGCAUCAAACGCGUGCUGGUAUGCGACCUCCAGAAAAUCCGCCUCGUAGGAGUUCAAGCCUAUGCCACACCAGUGAAGAUCGCGUGCUCAAAGAGGAUCGUCAACAAGAGCUGAGAGAUUCCGUCAGGAUGGCCUCCGGUGUUGCGAGUGAAGUCAGUUGGGAUCAAGCACAAUUUGGUGACAAGUUUAUGAGGGAGAACUUACUGUCUCCAAUCAGCGACCUGAUUGCCGAACCGCACCUUAGCCGAACACCGGCAGGAACUCAACUCUCUCGUGGAGACGAAGCCAGUAGGUUGAGAGGAUUCCUUGACAAACACGAACGUCCUGUUUUGAAUCCAGAGCGAACAGGUUACACGUCUUUUAGUUCCACCUCAGUCGGAACCGCUGGACGCACCAGUACAUACUAUGGGAUGUCCAACGCCCAAAACAAAAAGAGCCCCAUAGUGAGAUCCGUCUGUCCGUCCGACAGGAUCUACUCUACCAGCUUGACAGAUAGCGGAUCGGACGUGUAUCUGUAUUCAGAUCCAGAAUUUGGCACUUCUAGUGGAUUUACUUCUCUUGCUCGGCGCGAUAUCAACAACCAGACACGGAUGCAGAAGAGGCUAAGUGCACAACUACACUCCCAUUCAAAUGGGCAGGCUCCGACAUCUUUUACGGACAAUUAUGAAUAUCCUGCGCACAUCAAUCCAAGUGAAGCGACCGAUCAUCUGGAGGAUGGUAGCGUGGGCCAAUCAGCCAGCGUGAAUAACUGAAGAUUACCACAAGAAACAUGCGCCGGCUCCGUUAUGGGACUACCCACGAAUCGUCAGCAGACCAAUCCUUGCUGUGACAAUCGUGGCACUCAAACGUAACCUAUGCCCGGGUCUAUCUUCAUAACCUUUUAUCAGUUUACUCAGUGCAGUUAACGGUUUAAGUAAUCGGUAUUUUUAACGGCAUUUGGACAAUGAAAUUCAACGACAUUGAGCUGCUGUCACAUAGGGAGAUUUCAUUUAUCUGCUUUGUUAUUUUCACUUUGACUAUCUAUUUGUAUCUUGCCUCGAGUACCUCAAACACACUUCCCUCCCCUGACAGCGAUGUGUCAAAUCGCUGUGAGACAAAUUAUUUUUACAAACCUUAGUCACAUCUAAUCUUUAGCCACAAUACUUCAGCUCCCAGACCAAAAGCAUUUUUUCACUAUGAAUCUCACAUAAACAUAAUUUAUGUUAGGAACACGUGGCUCACGAUUACUUCUGACCUUAAAUACUACGGAAUUGAUCCCAUCAGCACAUAUGCCCCACAACAAACAUUCGUCUCAAGAUCGACAGCAUAGUGAGAACUAACGCGUUUUCUUGAUGCAGUCUAGUGAAUCAGAAAGAUGCUUCAUCAUGACAAUUAUUAUUUCACAAACAAUGCAAUUUAUUUCA